CGCACAGCUCUGUAAUCCGUGCAGCCAAACGGAGCCGUGUUCAGUUCGGGCCUUGCUGUUCGCAGCGUGUUUCAUGUCCGCAGCUCGUGAACGGUUCUCGUGUCCCUCACAGGCAGGUGAAAAAUGCUGCAGGACGCCUUCGGGUGCGUCGUGGCGAACAGGUUCGGGGACCUCCUGGACGACGACGCAGCCGAUCCGUUCGACCUGAUGAGCGAGGUGGAGCUGGAGAAGGAGAGAAGGAAGAAGAAGAAGCAGCAGCAGAAGGAGGAGGAGGAGGAGGAGAGGAGGAGCAGGCAGCAGAAGAAGCCCGGCCUGAAGGAGUCCCAGCGGAACAGACGAGCCCCGGUCGCUUCGGAGGUCCAGAACCCGGUUCCAGUGAACAAGCAGCAGGCAGUGAUUGAGAGAGAUGGAAGAUAUGAGGCCCCGAGGAACACGAGAAGAGCUGCUGCCGGCCAACGAAGAGCCAACCAGGACGAGCCACCUCUGGAGUUCUCUGUCCCCAAGUCCUCCUAUGAUGACUCGGACUUCGGUGGCAGAGGGGGGAUCAGAGGUAGAAGAGGAACAAGAGGUGGGGGACACACAAGGAACUCUGACAACUUUUACCAGCGAGGCAAGAGAGAGUAUGAUCGGCACGAUGGAACGGGUAUCUCUACAGAGGAAAAGAGAGGAGGAAGAGGACCGUGGAACUGGGGCUCUGUUGGGGAAGCUGCAAGUGAGCUGAUGGAGACGUCUGAUGCUGCUGUCAAAUCCGAGGAGCCCCAAAUGCCUUUGGAGGAGAAUCCAAAUCAAGUGACGGACGAGGACAAUGAGAUGGUGGUCCAGGUUGCCAUGGAGAUGACCCUGGAUGAGUGGAAGUCUAUCCAGGAGAUGAGUCGUUCCAAAGCGGAGUUUAAUAUCCGCAAAGCGCAAGACAAGAUCCCUUCCAAAGCAAAGGUCAUCCACCAGUCUAAAUAUCUGGAGAACUCUAAGGAGAUUGUGGAGAUGGAGGACGACGGGAACUUCCUCCGUAGGUCUGUGAAUGACAUCACCACCCGCUUGGACAUCAAUUUUGGGAAUCUUGGACGCCCAAGCCGAGGAGGCAGAGGAAGGGGAGCACGGGGUGGUCAAAACUUUUGCUCCGAGAGAGCCAAGCCCACAUUUGACAAGGAGGAAGAUCUGGCACCUAAUCCAGAUGAUCCAGAAGACUUCCCUGCACUGUCAGCAGGAAAGUAAUGGAUACACUCACCUUCUACUUCAAAUGGUUCACGUUUCAGUUUGAGUUUCUGUUGUAUU